AACAAAGAAAAAAUUUGUGAAAGUGGAGGAAUAACGACUAUUGACUUGAGAGACGGACCUGGUUCUGAUCCUUACAGAUGUCAAUGUCCUUUUGGCUUUACAGGAAAACACUGUUCAAUAAAACUAGGCGUUCGUAAACCACAGUCUUGCAUAAUCGCUGGUUGGCAGAAAUCAUUUAACAAAAAAGGAUGGUCAACUUGUGGGUCCAACUACAAAUUUAUAACUGGUUUUCGGCGCAGCCAGUUCAACAAUACAAACGUUGAUGGCAUUCACAAUCUCCAAAAAGCCAACUGCUGUUCGUCAAAUAAUAUACAUAAAGGGCAAAGUAGCACAUGUCAAAAUGUUAGCUGGCAAACCUCUUCAACUAUAAAUGACACUUGGGGUGUUUGCCCUUAUGGUUAUUUUAUAAACGGACUCUUUCGUACCAAUGGCCAAAGAUUAAACAAUAUUGAGCAAGGAAAAUGUUGCAAACCAGUCAAUCAUCCAGACAAGUAUGGUGAUUGUUACGAUGAAGACAUCAGUGAAAAGUUUAACAAAAAAGGAUGGGUAACGUGCAAAAAUGGUGGUUACUACAUAGCAGGAUUAUUCAGAAGUCCAGGAGGUGAAUGGCUACACAAUAUUGACAAAUUAAAAUGCUGCAAAAUGGUUGAAGUUAUAUAAUUUUUCUUGCUGACAAAAAAUUUUUUUACAAAAUAUUUGUUUUGCAUAAAUGAUUAACACCCUUAGUUAUUGAUUACGUCAAGACCGUUAUAAAAAAUACUAGUUUUUCAUCAAUUUCUCGCACCGCGUCUCAAGUGUGUCGAAUGAAACCGUCAGGAUUUUAUAAUUUAUAUAUCGCACUAUUGCAUAAGGCAAUAUCGCAUUACAGAGAUCGAA